AUGCCUCGCGAAAACAUCGAAUUCCAGACAGCCGACCAUGUCACCUUGCGAGGAUGGUUCUUCCGUUCUUCAACGAAGCCAUCCGAAACAAGGCUACCAUGCCUUGUGAUGUCUCACGGGUUCUCCGCUCUAAAAGAAAUGGACCUGGACACAUUUGCAGAAUAUUUCACCCAGAAUCUGCCGAUUAGCUGUCUAGUAUAUGACAAUCGAGGAUUCGGCGACAGCGAUACGAAAGAAGGCCAGCCUCGCCAUGAGAUCCUCCCAAGUCAACAGACCAGCGACAUUUCAGACGCCAUCACGUACGCGCAGUCGCGCGCCGACGUGGAUGCCGACCGCAUCGGCAUCUGGGGCAGUUCUUACAGUGGGGGCCAUGUGCUGUGGGUUGGGGCAGUUGAUCGGCGCGUUAAGGUGGUACUCUCGCAUGCUCCGUUCAUAGACGGGUGGGCGAAUAUGAAUCGCCUCAUCCGGCCUGAUAUGGUGGAGGCAGUGAACAAGACAUUUCAAGAAGACAGACUAGCCCGCGCCGCAGGCAAACCCGCUGCGAUGAUGAAGGUCGUAGAUGAAGACCCUCUCAAGCCAUCUGCCCUUCCCACUCCAGAUAGCUACCGGUUCUUUAGUGCGUGGGAAGCCAAGUCUAGCUGGAAAAAUGAGAUCACGAUGAAAAGUCUCGAGGCUGCUCGCGAGUAUUAUCCUUCGGCGCAUAUCCACCGCAUCUCGCCCACCCCGCUGUUGAUGACUGUGGCGCAGAAUGAUGUCAUAACCCCCACUGAUAUUGCUCUGGAGGCGUAUUCUCGGGCCCGCGAGCCAAAGAAAUUGUACAUCUUCCCUGGCGGCCAUUUUGAUGGUUAUGCCGGGGACGGCUUCAAACGCGUUGCACCGACCCAAGCGGAGUUUCUGAGAGAAUAUCUGGUUUGA